GUCACCGCCCGCCGGGCAGCCGAGCGGCCUCGGCCCCCGCCCCGGUAGCGCUUCUUCCUCUGCACAUUGUCCUGUUGCUCCUUUCUGACCCCGUGCACUUCUUGCUCGCUCCCUCUUCCACCGCACAGCUGGGCAGCACCGGGUGCUUUCCCAAGGCACCGGGACGGACACUGGGGUGGGAUCUCCCCCGCCCGUGCCCUCAGCCCCGCUCCCGGCACGGCUGCUGUCCACCCCCGGGAGCCGGCCAGGACUCCAGCCAAAGCGGUGGAUUUAGGAAUCUGGGAUAACCGGUAAAUAUGGCAACGCACGUAACUGUUGUUAUGCUCUAAAGAUUUCUGUAUGAGACAGGCACAUAGACAGCUCUUUUUGAGACGUACUGCAAGUUUGUUUCUAUAAAAUCGAUGUAAUUCUUUCAGCAUUUAAAGUAGUUCUUUGAAGUGAGCUCCCUGAACACAAGGUUCAUUUGUGAAGAACUGGCAGGUGUCUCAUUACACACACACUCACACACAGACACCGGGAGCUGCUUCCUUUCCCCCAGCAUACCUGAUCUCUGUACUCCAUACAAGACCCUCCUUCAGCUUUCUCUGACAAACUUCAGGAUGAUGCUAUCUGUGGAAACUGUUAAAAACAAAAACAUAUGCAACUUUGUGGUGAUCUGGUUUGGAUAUUUUGUUUUGAAAGCUCUUUAAGGCCUGUUUUAACAAAGGCCUCUGCCCAUGGGUACUCAAUAAAAUACAGUGCAAUAUGAAGACUGGUAUUGUCCAUCUAACCUUGUCACCUGUUCAGUUACCAGUUUGUUGUGCUUCUCUUAAAUAUAUUAUUGCAGAAGUAUGAUUUCACAGCCUCUGCCAGAUACAAAAUAACAGAUUCUGUGCGGCAUUUGGAAAGGAGACAGCUCCUCGCACCAAAACUGCGGUGGUGAGUGCUGAAGGCCCAUUCCUCUCAGGAAUGGUCUUUAAAUCCUUGUAUUUCCUUCUCUUUUGCUUGACUUCCUCCUUCUUCUUUGACAACACGGUUGCUCUUGUUCUCAUGGUGAUGAUACUUAGUGCUGUGUUUGCCUUUUGACACAAACGACUGGAAGAAGGUGGUUGUUUUCUGAAUCCAUGGGCAUCUGCAAGCAGUAUCACCUAAAUUGUGCUGUCUUGAGAAGAAUGGACUCAUGGGAACAUAGGAAACUUUGUCACAACAAGAGUUUGUUGCACUGGGUGACACAAACUUAGCAGCUCUCAGGAAGAUAUUUUAAUGAUGGGAUAAGAACAAGGAAAAGACUUGUGUGAUGGGUAAUAACAUAAAAGGCCCUUUGGCCAUAUUUUAUGAUGCCCUACACACUUUGCUCGCUUUACUUGAUGGGGUUUGAGUUUCCACAGAAAAUGCUUUAAGAGAAAGGGAAUAAUUUAAUUUUUUCCCAUGACUGGGACCUGUUAGGUAUCUGUGAUACAGUGAUGUGUCUAAAAGCCCCAUGCCAAUACUGUUUCCCUCCAUAAAAAAAAUCUCCAUCAUCACGGAAGAGAUACUUAUUAAGGUCAGGAUUUGAAAAACACAAGGAACAAAGGCCUCAAAAGGAUUUUUAAUUGAUAUCCUGAAAAUGUAUGAACAUCUUGAAAACAGCUUUAGCUACUUGCAAGGACCUGUGGAAAAGUAAGAGAAGUUUUGUAGAGCCUGAGGCUUACAGAAAACUUGUUCCUUCAUCUUGGAGACAGUGUUCUGAGUGACAGCAUCAGAAUGAUAGGGAGGGCCUGUAAGGAAAUAUUGAACAUAGAAGAUAUGCAAGAUUUAUUUUAUUAACACUGUGCACAUAUCUUGGAGAGUGAAGGAGCCACUAUAUCCUUGUUGUAAUAUCUCAUCCUAAUCGCAGUGGCUGUGCUUUAGCUUUCUUUGUGUAGCAAAUGGAGAAGAAAAACUGUUUCAACCUCACCUAUCCCAAUAUUGGAGAAUAUUCUGGUUCACUUCCAAAAUAAAGCUCAACCAAGGGCCACCUGAGGGUAAGACCCUGUUCAACUAUAAAAUAAUCCUUAGGCUGGAACCCACAGAAGAAUGUAUAUUGCCACCUCCCACCAUGGCUAGAAGAACUCAAGACACUUGGUGAAGUUCAAUACUGGGCCCAUAAGCAAAAAAAACCCCCAAACUCUAAAAUAAAAACUUAGACAACUCCUCUCCCCUGUUUUUGGCUAUGGAACACGUUAGUCUGGAAUUAAAGCAAUAACAGGUUUCAGAAUUCAAUGUCCAAACCAUCAGAUAACUGGAACUUCUGGGCUUCUUCCCUUGUAAAAUAGCAUGCAAGUUAAAUCUGAAAUGCCUGUAUUUUAUAUAGACUACAUUUUAAAUGCAAGCAUGUAUAAAAAUGCUAUGAUGUACAAAACUCCAGACAGCUAUCCUUAUGCUAUGCAUCAAUUCCAGAAAACAACUGGAAAUCCCUUGGAAAGUUUGAUGUAAUUACAUCUGACUGUAAAUCUUUGACUGUUUCAAUAUACUCAGGUGACCUAAAUAGCAUUACGCAGAAAAAAAAUUAAUUUAAAGUAAUUAAGAAAGAGUAUUUGUCUCAAGAUCAGUUUCUCUGAGAAAUUACUGCUCUGAAAAGUCCUGUAUGCCUUGUUCUACAGCCAUAAUCGUUGUAUUUCCACAUUGUAAAUACUCCAUGGUAAAUUGCAAUGGAAGCUUGGCUUGGCUUAAGUUCUCCUGGCUCUGUGGUACUGCUUCUUGGUUAAGAAAAUGGAUCUCAUUCUCAGUUUUUGUCAUUCUAUGCUUUACUUUUAUAGAUGAUUUAUACAUGUCCUCUGCUAGUUUAAUGGUGACUUUUUUUCGAUGUGAAUUUCUGUCAUGCUCAAACAACUAAUUUACAGACACAAGGGAUAUGUUGCCAAUUGUCCUUUAAAAUGUCUCAACCAAACAGUAUUUCAAGAGGUGUAAGUGAAGAUGAUGGAAAAUCCUGUCAGCAAUUCUAAUGAGGUUUUGUUGAACUGAGUUGCUCCUUUUCUCUGGUGUUGUGCCAAGCAAGUUGUCUGAGCAUGGCCUAAAGCUGCCCUUCCUAGACUGGCUUGCAUUGACAUGUAUUAGCUGGCUUCAUGUGCAUUAGAUGGGAGGUGUGAGCUCAUUAAAACGUUGAAUUUAUGUUGCAGUAGUGAUACAGUAGUGCAGAUCAGCCACAUUGCUCAUGUGCAAUAGUUGCCUAUUCCUUUGCUAUUUUCUCAGGGCUUCUGGAAACAGGAGCAUGUAGGAGAUAGUAAUAGGCUGGAUGAAUUGUGGCCAGUUGCACUGAUGUGCUUGGAAAGUGCCAUUUGGUGUAUUAUGGCCCAAAUAAAUCUGCCACUCAGUUUGUGGAUUGCCCAUGCAGAAAUAUAUGGGAAUCUGCUUUUUGAAAGUAAAAUUGUGAUGCCUCAAAAUAACACCGUAAGGCAUGGGUUAUUUGUGAAAAUUGCUUGUAGAGGGUGUUCCUGAAGUUAUAGUUUGGAUUCAAUCUUUUGAAGUUACCCUUGAUUUACAAUAGUUAUAAAAGGCCGUUAUAAAGAGCAGCUUUGCAGAAUUAGGUAGCUACAACAGUAGGAGUCUCCACCAAAACUGGGCAAUCAUUGCCCUCAAUAAAGGUCUGUAAAAAAGUACAGGCAGCAAAGCGAAGCUGGGAAAUCAUGACAAGGGGAGAUGAAGAUGGCAGGACAGGGGCACUAAUAGUUUGAUCCUGAGAGAGAACACAGAGAAAAAUCUGGAAGCCAGAAGAGGCCUGGGAUUAUGAUAAAAUUACCCAUCUCAGAUUCUUUGAUUCUUUAUAUGUGAGGAAAUAGAAUUCUAUGCUUUUCUUAAUAAAUAAAAGCAUGCAAUUGUAUUCUCAAUUUCUUCCUUUAACAAAGCAUUCCAUACACCAGCAAAUUUUCUUUAAACUCUGAAAUCAAAAAAGACUAAAGGUGUGAGUUGUGUCAGCAUUCUUGUGGAGACUGCAUUCAGCAGCAGUACUGGACUGACAAGCAGAGAUAAUAUCUUAGCUAACCUCCAGAUUCAGUCAGCCAUAAGCACACUCUGAACCUUUUUUUUCUAACUACCAAGUUGAUGCUAUUUUUAAAAAAACCCACAUACAGAUUAUUUUCAAAUGAAGACAUUUAAGUGUAGCAUUUCAUUAAAGAAAAAAGUGACAACAUAUACUUUAGCUUUCUAUUUCAUCUUAAAUCACAUAACUAGAUUAUUGCAAUAUUCUUUAAAUUCAGAAGUCCCUUUCUCAAAUGGCAGCGAAAAUAGCUUUUCUCGUGACUGUUUAACUUCUAAGAAAGCUACUUUUUUUUUGCUCUUUUAUGUCAAUCCUUCCCAUGCACUGUCAUCAUUUUACCAGGGUAAUAGUCUAUUUUCUUUCCUUCUCUUUCCCUUUCUUCAGUAUCUUCUGUAAUUUUCUUCACUAAGGGAAAAGUUCUUAAUUCUGCUGAUCAGGGCACAACUGCUUGAGCAGUGUAAGUUUUGGGAGACAAUUGUAAACUAAGACUAAAGAAAUGAUGGACAAAUCCCACAUACAUAAAUUUCUGUUUAAAGAAUGAGUAAGUAUUGAAGUUGGGCUUUUCCUGUGUAGGGCAGUGGAGAAAUUCUGUGUCUAUAUUUACAGAUACUUGCAUUUGAGUAAGGCUGUGUAAAAAAAAAGGUAAUAUGAAAAAAAAAUCCAAAAAUGAGUUGAAGGCUGGAGAAAAAAACCUUUGUGGUUUAAGAGUUCAAUAUUAGUAACUUAGCAAAAGUGACAUCAUUACAGAAUAUGCACCUUUAUGCAGGUAUUCAAUCUAUUACCAUACAUGGUGAUCUAACAAUCUCUUCUGGUGUGGAAAACGUGACUUUACAGGAAAAUAGCUCUGCUUUAAGAGUGUGGGCCACCUUGUCUGUUUAUUGUCAAGGAGUUCAAUAUGAUAAGGGUCCCUUUGGAGCCUGCCCUACAAAAAGUCUGGGUGGAUAUUAAUGAAACUAAAGACCUGGAAACAAUCCCGAGAAAAAACCACUUGUGGCUGCCUUCUUGCCUGUAGCUUUGUGGGUUUCUGAAGAGGCAUAAUAACCACUCCAGGAAGGUUGUCUGUUUGGUGUUUAGGGAAAACUAGGUUGUCUAACCUGCAACCCCAAACAUCAAACUUGUUAUGAGUUUAAAGCCAAGCUUUUGAGAGUUGUUCAGAAGGAAAGCAAACUGCCAGUUGGAAGGGGAGCUCAAGCCAAUCAAGGGAGCUGUGUAGCACCACAGACUUCACCAGGCUGAACUUACCCUCUUGUAAGGCAAUGGAUUGAAAUAACGAAUAAUAAAAAUGUGCCUCUGCCAAAAUUUUUCAUCAUUCUUUAAAUGUCUUUUUUUUCUGUACUUCUGUGAGAUCCACCCCUGCUUCCAAAGUUUUUCUGCUGCUGUAGAAUUGACAGCUGAUGAAAACCAUAAUUAGUAUUAAUUACUAAAGAAGCGCAAAGGAAGGAAGAGUAAGUCUCAUCCUUAUUGGACGGAAUCAGCUCUGGUGGUUCAACAACCUAGGCACACAGAACAGGAACAGAGCACCUGUUAUUGAAAAGCUCCCCUUAAGACCAAAGAUGCCUUGUGUUCAGGCUGUCUUCACCUGCUGUGUGAGAGUCUCAGGGAAGAAUUAAAAGCACAGCUAUGUUUCAGGUGAGAGCUGCAUCCCCCCUGAUCUGUUCUGAAAUUGAUGAUGUGAUGGAGGUAUAAUGUCAGUUGCAAAGCAACAAAGUGAGCAUUAGCAACAGAAGAAAACUGUGAAAGGGAGAGCCUGAGAGACAAAAAUGAUGAAUUGAAAAAUAGUCAGUUUUGUAAAACAUUUUGCAAACUUUGCUUCAUGCUUGUUCCAUAUCCUCUGUUUUCUUCUGACCCCUUUGUCUGCCUUGCCUCUGUGUACCAUAGUGCUGAGAUAGCCAGUUCCUCAGCCUAGAACCUCUGACCCUGACUUUGAUGUCAUUUCAUUAAACACUGUUUCUAUGAUUCUCUAUAAACUUUGCAUCUUCCAUUCUAAGGUUCAGUGAAAUGGCUGUAGCAGUGUUGUCGCUGUGGAGACAGGAGCACCAAGGUUUGAACAGAGUUAGUAACCAGGAAUGUUGUGAAGAUAUGAAACUCCGUGUAAGAGAAUUUGCUUAAAAUCUGACUGAAUUCACCCUCAUAUACCUCUGGAAGUUUCUGUGCCUGGAUCCUGAUGGUCAUGCAGAUCCCAAGUCACCAUGCUACUGAUAUCCUGAGUACUGAAAGGCACUACAGAGGGACAUCCAUGUGCUUCAUGACUGAAGGGCAGGAAGGAUGUCGGAAACAGGGAAGUGACUGGUCUACAAGUGCAUUGGAGAGCUGCUGCUGUUAAAGCUUUUGAAAUGGAGAUUAUACCUGCUAAGAGAAUUGUUGCACAGAUUGGAGACACACUCAUACUCACAUGCAAUACUACUGGCUGUGCAUCACCAAGUUUUUCCUGGAGAACACAUUUGGACAACCCCCUUGGAGGAAAAGUCAGCAACCACAGGACAUAUUCUACACUGACUAUGAAUCCAGUUAGCAGUGUGAAUUCUCAUGCUUAUCUUUGUACUGUCACAUGUGAUGAGAAAGAGAAAAAAGAGAAGCAGGUCCAAGUUGAACCUUACUCUUUCCCCAGUGAUCCUAUCAUUGAGAUCCGCUCAUCCUUAGUUGCUGGAGAACCAGCCACUGUCAUCUGUCAAAUUCCUGAUGUGUAUCCCUCUAAUGGCCUGGAAGUUUUCCUAAAGAAAGAUGAGUAUGUUCUUCAUGAGAAAAAUUUCUUUGAAGAUGGCAGCACAAAUACAGAGACCAAAAUUGUGACAUAUACAUUUCAUCCUGUGGCUGAAGAUAUUGGGAAAGAGAUUACCUGUGUGGCCAGGUUACUAAUUCCUGAUAUGGAAUUUGAACCCAAAGAAAGAACAUCUUCUCAGAAACUUAAUGCAAAUUUUGGUCCACAAAAUACUAUCAUUACUGCAUCUCCAGGCAACUCACCAAUGGAAGGAGACUCUCUAAACCUUACUUGUGUGACUCAGAGUAACCCACCACCACAAAUAGUUUGGAAUAAAUAUUCGGCUGAAGAAAGCAUUCAGCAUCUGACAAAUAACAAUGUUCUUUCUAUUCCCCAUGUCCAUUUCAAUGAUUCAGGACUGUAUAUCUGUGAAGUAAUUAAUCUGGUAACCAAUAAAACAGAGAAAGCAACUGUGGACAUUAUUAUACAAGGUGCUCCAGUCAUUACAAAAUUCUCCAUUGAACCUUCUACAACAGUUAAAGAAGGAGAAAAUGUUUCCAUACAAUGUUCUGCUGAAAGUAGCCCUCCUCCCAAGAUUAUUUUAAGGAGAAAAUCUGACAACGCAGACAUGGGGCCUGACAGUGCCAGGAGUAUCCUUCUUCCAUCUGUGACAUUCCAAAAUGGAGGAGACUAUGAAUGUAUAGCAGAAAAUAAGUUUGGGAACAGUAGAAGUGAAAUCACACUUAAUGUGAAAUAUGGACCAAAGAACACAAUGAUCACUGUUAUCCCUACUGCUGCUCUUAAAGAAGGAGAAACUGUGACAAUGAAAUGUACUAGUUCUGGUAAUCCAGCUCCUGUGAUCUCCUGGAAGAAAAAGAAGGCCACUGGGGAAUCUGAGAAAAUUUUUAGAAAUGCGACUUUAACUAUACAGAACUUGAAAAGUCAAGAUCUGGGGCUUUAUGAAUGUGAAGCUUAUAAUCCAUUUGGCAAGGAAGAAAAAUCUGUGAAAUUACAUGUUCAAGCAAGAUUGGAAGAACCAGAUCAGAUGAUACCAUUGAUUAUUGCAUUCUCAUCUGUAGCAGCAGUAGCAGUACCUGCAGUUGCAAUUUUGAUCUACGUGUCAAGGCAAGCAAAGAUCAAUGGAUCCUACAGUCUUGUAAAAGCACUCAGGUUGAAAGUGUGAUCAUGUGAAUACAAGUCUUUAGUUGAUAAUAAGCACAUUUAUUUAUUGCUGUGACUGGUUCUACUCUUCUGUAACAUAUGGUAACAAACAAGUGACUUAAGAACAGCACCAUGUGAUAGCAAAUGGAUUUUUUUUUUCAUGUUUUGAGAAGUGUUUUGGUAUUUAAAUUAAAGGAAGAGCUAGAAUCCUAUCCUACAAAUUGGUAAAUCACUUCUGUGUUGAAGCAUGCUGAACAAAGAGCUCUGUGAAGAACUAGGUUUGUACAUAGUGUAUAAUUUGUGUCAUAAAUAUGUUCAACUAAAUAUCAGUUUGUAAAACUGAAGUCUUGUUGCAACUGUACAGAGUAAUUUUGUUAAUUCAAAGAUAUAAAUGAAUAUUUCUUGAGCUGAUCAGGUGAUUUUUAUUUUGUAUUACUCUGCAGUACGAAUGUUUUUUAUAUAAUUUGUCUGUUUGUGGUAAUGUUUGGAAAAUGUUCUCUUUUCACUGAUAUUGCCAUAAACUGCAUCUUCAAUGAAGUUAUGCAAUCACUGGGCUAUGCAUUUCUAACAAAUUUAAACUAAUUUAAGACUUCGAGGCUCAUUUGUGAAAUGUUUUAUUUUAAAUAUUAUUCAAAAAAUGCCUGGGGUUAUAAUCUAGUAAAUUCUAGGACUGCCAAGGUAUUUUUGUAGGCUUUGAUCAUUCUUAGAUCAAUGUCAGAAUUCUGUUAUUUUGUGAUGAGCCAAAUCAGACUCUUCUUGUAAAAUCUAAGCUGAUUUUAAAUAUACUUUACCAAUUUCCACUGCAAAAUAAAACUGCCAGUAGAUUUCUUUGACUAAA